AUGGAGAUGCAACAGUUUCUACAAGAUGCAGGGCUAAUGUUUGACGAAGUUGGAACUACCAAGGACAACAUGAAACAUGAAACACAAAAUUUCAGGGUAGACCUCUUAGCUCGGAACCAUGGAGACAUGCAUGGUGUGGGGAAACGAAAGAAAAAGUGUCGAUAUGAGUCCUUAAAGAAGAAGAAGAAGGGUCAUCAGGUUGUACAAAGUGAUAAGGCUCAGUCUGGUGGUAGUGUUAAGAAGAGUGACGCACCAAAAGUGCAGGAGCGAGCAUUUCAGAUGACUACUAAGGAGGUCAGAUACGAUGAUGAGGUAUUCUCAAAACUUUCUCAUCUAAGUGUUUUGUUGCUUUAG